AUGGUCGCAUCGAAUCCAGAGAAAAACUGGUUGGGAUUGCUUGAAUCGAUUGGGGGGUUUCCAGAUUUCGUUUUAGAUUUAAGCACCGCAGCCAGAUUUCGAAGUUUGGCAGCACAAGUGAAAAAAAGAAUCUCUUUGAUCAUACAACCUGACACCGGUCUAGCUACGCGACGACGAAGCAAUAUUGCGCGAGGAGAUAUCCGCCAAAUUGCGAGUGGAGAAGGUAGAAAGGCUACAAAAGGUGCGAUCCUGAAUGCUAAAGGUCCAAGCAGUCAAGUUGGAGAAAACAAAAUUGGAACUACGCGAGAAGAAGCAAGCACUGCGUAA